ACCCCCACCAUCAGAUCCCCCCAGGCUCAGGAGCUUCUGUUACUGGUCAUGCUGGCCCUUUGUGUGCCCCCCCACACCAGAGCGGGGCCCGCACAAACCAUCCUAUCACCAUUUUAAUCGCCCUGCUCCCAGAAUUCCCCUGGUGAGGCAGCGGCCUGUCACCUGACCACACUGCCUCACUGUCCUUCAUGACUUCUAAACACGUGUGUGGUCCUGUGUGUUUCUCAUGUGUAAAUGCGGUCCUUCAUGACUUCUAAACACGUGUGUGGUCCUGUGUGUUUCUCAUGUGUAAAUGCGGUCCUUCAUGGCUUUUAAACACGUGUGUGGUCCUGUGUGUUUCUCAUGUGUAAAUGCAGUCCUUCAUGGCUUUUAAACACGUGUGUGGUCCUGUGUGUUUCUCAUGUGUAAAUGCAGUCCUUCAUGGCUUUUAAACAUGUGUGUGGUCCUGUGUGUUUCUCAUGUGUAAAUGCAGUCCUUCAUGGCUUUUAAACACGUGUGUGGUCCUGUGUGUUUCUCAUGUGUAAAUGCAGUCUACCUCUUUGUCUCUGGUCACAAUACAAUCCGCAUGGUCAUGACCUCUAACCCCAAUCCCCAGGUGGCCGUCCAGGCUGAGGCACCUAUUUGUGUCCAGAGGGGUUGAGCGCCUAUGACAUACAGUCUGCCGUGCAUGUUCUGAUGAGAUCAUGGUUCUGCUUAGUCCUGUACAUCAAGCUGCUGACACACAGCAUAGGAUAAUCGACGCUUGGUUCUGACGCACAUUAACCCCAAGGCUGAGCAUGUCGGCCCUCCUCCAUAACAUGGUGACAUACGAGUAAUAUCUCCAAGCCACUAGGUGGUGCUGUAACACACCUGCCAUUGGCCACCCCAAACCCCAGAAAGCAUCUGGCAAGGUAGUACAUGCUCUCACUGUUCCACUCCAUGCCAAAUGGAGAACAAAGAGGUAAAGGAUGAUGGAGGCGGGGGGUGCAUGUUCUUGACAUUCCCCUGUGGAUUUUGGGAGGGGUUGACUGUGAGUUGUGAAUUGAGAAAUUUCUAUUAUGAAUCAUCUAGUUUGCCAGACAUUAUGAAAUCAAUAAGGAAGAGCUGGGUAUUUACGUAUGGGCUGUGCCCCCCCCGAUUGCAUGUGUAAAUUCCUAGUGAAUCAUUAACCAUGCCAAUCAAGGUAUUUGCGUUUCCGAUAAGCAGGCCAGCACGUGUCGCCUGGCCCUCGCUUAGUUUCGUUUGUAUUUGUGUUUAGGACUGACGUAGGAGGUGCUCAUCGGUGACAGGCGGACUCCCAGUGUGCAGCUUCGGGGGUCUGUGGAAGGCCGCUGUCCUGUGAGGGUCCAACACACCUCGACCUUUGUAUCAUUUUUCCUGCUCUGAACAUGCCACACCUGACAACACAGGUUACCUGUGAUCAAAAUGACAGAAUAAUUAUUUCCCUGAGCCUGGUCAGUGCCAGGCUUCUGGCCUAGAGUCUGCAGCACUUAGGUGUCCCUGCCUUGAGCUUUCUGUUCUCUACACGGACUCUUGAAUUCAAAGCUUGCAUCUUCCGUGAGCUCGCAGCCUGUCACGCGUUAAUGCAGCUUGUUUCUUGUUGCUCUCUCUGAAGCCUGCGGGGGACUGAAUGGAUGAGUGAGGAUGUACAUUAAUGGAGGCACCAUGACGUGAAGCUUUAAAUGACAGUUGAGAGAGUGAGAGGGAAGAACAGGACCAAGUUCCCCUGAAGAUGUUCCUCUUGGCAGAGCAGAAGAGUGCUCUGCACGUUUGAUGGGUCAGUCCUGACACAAUGGCCUACCUAGUACACACAGCCCACUUGCAGUUUGCUGGCCUUCUGUUAGGGUUUGUGAGCUGGAUCCUAACGGCAGUGUCAAUGGGCCUGGUGCAGUGGAGGGUGUGGCACGUGGCAGACGUCACCAACGUCACGUCCGGAGUGGCCUGGGUGGGCAUCUGGAGGGCCUGCUUCCCCAGCCGCGUGCUGGUCUCUUCUGAGCUGCAGGUCCUGUACUGCCGCUCCAUCCCGUUCCGGGACCCGUCCACGCCACCAGAAGUCUCGGUGGCCCAGGUGCUGGUGCCGAUGGCGCUGAUCGUGGGCGCUGGCGGGAAUGCCUGUGCGGUGUACGGACUGAGGAGGGUCUACUUUGGGAUGGAAAGGAUGAAGCCCCUCAGGGCAGCUUUUUCAGUGGCCGGCGCCCUCUGCUUACUCUCCGGAGUCUGCACCAUGCUGCCUCUUGCCUGGAAUAUGAGGUCAGUGGCCGCCAAUUACACAAUAGACUUCCCCUCCGAUUUCCACAUGCCCCCCUCACCCGUCAGGCAGGACGUGGGGGCAGGACUGAGCUUGGGGAUGCUGGCCUCCAUCCUGACGAUCCUCAGCGCGUUGACGUUCAUCUUUUAUAGACUCCCGAAAGCUGCCCCUGACGGACAGCAUUCCAGGGCUGAAUCUGCUCCCAACCAGAGCAGCCGUAGCAACCAUGAAUGGGCAGACAUGCGUAGCCAUGGCAACAACACACAAGUGGCCACUACAAACCCCGGCAGAGGCUCACAGACAGAGCCUUUGAGCUCCACACCGCAGGGCAACGGAAACGUGAAGAACCCUGGUCAUGCGAGGGAUAACCCAGCAUUCGAGGACACCUAAAGCCCAGACUUGUCCUCGGGCAUCUUUAACUGGAGACCUAAAUAAAGUCACCUCCCAUCCACGUGACAAAUACCAUUUCUAAAUUUGUUCACAUGAGCUGAUUCACUUCGCUUUGCAUAAUGGUUCAGUUAUGGAGAUCAUAAGCAAAGUCAGCAAAGUUGUGUUUAAGCAUGAAUUUACCCUGGAGCCGCAUGGACCAUGGCUGUUUUUCCUGAUGCCUGAAUGAAUUUUACAUGUGACAGUCUGGGAGGAAUGAUUGUACCGUAAGGGGCUCUUGGGACUGUGAUGGUAACAUCAUCUUUUCAUUUUGCUCUGUUGUUCUGAUGCUACAUUGAAAGCAUUUGCACUUUGAGAUCAAUUACAAUGUAAAAACGGAGAAGAGGAAUUUACAAGUAGGAAUUUAUUAUUGUGAAUAUUUUAAUUAUGAAUCACAUGAUUAAACACUUUUAUCAAGUUUACAAGAGAAUGAGUUGCACCUUUGCGCCUAGUAAUGGCAGAAAAUAAUGAAAAUGGUAAAAAGAUGUAAUGUAAAGAUUAACAUAAGAUGUGCUGAGUAAGGAUGGGGCAGUGUGUCCAGCAGCAGGUUAGGAAUUUGUACCCACGUCCAUAAGGUUGUGAGUUCAAGUCCCUUGGCAGCAAAGUCAGUGUCUCAUGGAUGCAAGGCCCUGAACCCCAAACUGCUCCGGGACACUGUCUGACUCAAGCUUUUCUGUCUUUUAAGUUGCUUUGGACAAAAGCAUGUAAUGAGACAUUAAAUACGAUAUAAGUAUAAGAAGUGAAUCUUGCUGGAAGGAGACUGCGGGGUGAGGGACGGUGUCGUGUCCCGAUCUUUCCGAUCCUCCUGUGUGCCACACUCCAUCAUUUUCCUUGUGUGGAAUCCUCGUUACCAACUGUUGUGUUUAAUUGACUCUGUGUAUUUAAAUGACUUUAAGAUGACUUUAACGUUCUCAUUAAAUAUUUUAAUGGUAGGCCUACUAACCUCGGGCCAUAAAAGUCUAUUAUGGGAAAGUGUAUGGAAACGCAUCAUUCUGCACGGCACUACAGUCCUGGCUGUAUGUGUAGCAUGUUCGGCUGUGUUUUCUGCGUGUCAUUAGCUUCAGGUGCUCCAGGAGAUGGAGCUGAGCAUCCCUGGAACCUCACUCUCCAUUUUUAGCAAGGCAUGCGUUGCUGUGGGAACCGGGGAGCCAAAAGCAUGUCUGUCCAGAAUCCAAGGGGGAUCCUGCCAUGAUUCAGUGUAUGAAACCUGAAUUUUAUGCAUGAAACCGGAACAGGAGUUCACAUUCUCAAGCUAAUAAAUGUUGGGUUUCAGUCACUAGACGGAGAGGAAACGGGAUUUUCCUCUGUUGGGUCAGACUCUGUGGGACCUCUGUUAUCCUACAUCCUGGCACUGCACUGCAGGACCUCCCGCCAAGGCACUAAUGAACUUUACUGGAACCUCUCUGUGUGUCGCUUGCCCCCGAUACGCAUUCUUUAACGUGUUUCCAAUUUGUACCUCAGAUUGCCACAGUCUUGCGAAGGUUGCAUGUUGACUUCGAAGGGAACCUUCGCAGGAACGUUAUUAUUUUGUUCGUACAAAACUCCCAUAAUCCUCCUGAUGACAUAAUAGGGGGAAAUUACUUAUAAUUAAUUAAAUUAGAUUUUAUUUCCCAACACAAAAAGCAGCCCAGCGGUGUCGUGUGGAACAUUUCUUUGAACUAAUUGUAACUCAUGCCUUGGGGUAGGUGGUGUGUUUUGGGUCAGGUGCCAGGGAGGCGGAGCUGUCAGCUGGCCUGAUUGGUAGCUGAACAUCACCUAUGACCGGAUCCUUCUGUUUCUGCUGGAUUGUGGCACGGACCCCUUUGAGUGCCACAGCUUUCGACCCCCAGCCGAUCCAGUACCUCCAGACUGGGGCGUCCGGGUGUGAGUCAUGUGACCAUGUGAGUGUGGUGGCUGGCAGUGGCAGGCACGUGAGGACCA